GCCCUAGGUAACCAUAAGAAAAGGAAAUAAACCAAAAAUCACAGUGACCAUACUCAAUAUCCCUCAUAUCUUUUGUUACUCAAAAUACUCUCUGUGCAACACUAUGGCUUUGGAAGGGGAGGUCAUAUCAGCCAUUUCUCAACUAAUAUCUAUGGAUGACCCUUGGGAAGUGGAUAAUGGGGAUGCGAAUAAGGAGAUCAUUGCACGCAUUAUUGAAAUAAGCUAUGUUAGUAGCGCAUUCUGCGAAUACGCUAUGUUACUAAUGCAGCAGAAGCCGGAGUCGGAGCUCAUGUUACUCAUUACUCAAACCAUCUCUAUCUACAACUCUAUGGAUUUGGAUUCCCAGCCGGAGCCGCUAAGAAAACUCAUAUCAUUCAUCGCUAAAAAGGCAGAUCUCGACUACUAUGUUGAUCCCUUGUUGGAGCAGGAUUUGGAGGUCUUGCCACUCUUUGGUAAAACAUUAAGUCUUGAGCCAGAGCCGGAGCUUAUAUCACUCAUCCGUCAAAUAGUCUCCCUCGUCGUCUCUAUGGAUCCAAAGUGGAAGAAGCUUAUUUCCUUAUGCCCUCAAGUAGUAGUAAGAUUGGAAAAAGGAAAAUUACUUGUGGAUGAAGAAAUCUUGUGGGAAACCAAUGACAAAUGGUGUUGUUUCCCUUUAUUCUGGCUGAAGUUCAGGUCAAGAGAAGAAGACGCUACACAUUUUUUCUGCCGAGGUUGCAAUGGCAAGAACCAUAAUGAAAACAACAAGGCUCCAGUUGAGAUCAAACACCCUCUUCAUCCAAGACAUUCUCUUCGGCUUGCUUUGUUGCGGAAGUCACUGUUGAGUCAGCAUUUGUUAUUUGAAUAAUGAUCUUAGACCGAUUCUUUAGGUCUGAAGGAGUCAAGUUCUGUUUCCUAUUUUGUAGCUAUUGGUGGAACUAGUUGAACUCGUUGAGUCGUGUGUCCGUUAUUUUCGUUUGUUGUUGAUCAUGUAUUUCCCUAUAAAAGCAUUGGAACCUAUGAAUAAAGAUAGAUCAUUCCG